AUGAGAAUGAUUUUAUUAUAUCAUUAUUCAUUAAUACUUUCUAUAAGUGCAGUUAUUUACAAGAUAGAUUAAUUCACAUCAGUGACAAGAAUAGUUACUAAUUGGAAUAAUUAAAAUUUAUUAUUAGGAAGCUAUUCGAAAUAUACUCCAUUUAAUAAUUUUGAAGGUUAAGUUUUUAAUAGUGAAGCAAAUUUACAAUUAAUUUAUGCUGGUCUUGAUUUAGAAGAUUAGAAUGUAAGGUUAUUACAUUUCGUAGAAUUUAAUGAGUAAAAUAAAUAAAUUAAGCAUGUUAUAAAGAUUAUAACAUUAUCAAAUACUAUUUAGGAGGAAUUUUUAAUAGACCAUAAGAAUUAUGAAGGACUUUGGAUUUCAUAAUAUAUGUACUUUGAUUAGUAGUAGUUAAUAAUUGGUAUUAAAUAAAAAAAUGGAUUCCAAGAAAAAUCAAUAUCUACAGAUUAUUUUACAAAUAACUAGUUUCUUUUAAUUAUUGGAAGUGGUUUGAAGGUAAAUUAAAAUUUAAAUUUAGAUUUUUGAUUCAUUCAUAGAUUAAACUCUUUUAUUGGGCAGUUUUCAAGGAAAUACUAAUUUUUUUUUGGAAGAAGAUUUUUCAAUUUUGAAUGAAGUAAGUUUUUUUGAGAAAUGUGUUCCCUUAACAAAUAAUACAAUAUCAGAUUAUUUUACUUAUAAGAUUGAUUCAUACAAAAAGUUUUAAAUUGAAAAAGAUUAUAUGGAUUCAUUUUAUCUACAAUUUUGGGUGAAAAUAUUAUCUAAGGAAGAAUUAAAAAAUACUAUAUUAAGAUUAUCCAUUAAUAAAUCCUCCAAUAUUAUAGGAUCAAUAGGAAGUAAUAGUGUAAUUAUAAAUUAUGAAUAUAUAUUAUUUUAGGGAUGGACUUAUUAUAUUGAAUAUUAUUCUUAUGAUUUUCCAUUUAUAAAAGAAGCCACUAAUGAUGCAUAUAAAUAAUUCUUUUAAGAUUCUAUUUCAAUUGAAUUCAUAACAGAUUGGCAUUUAAUUAAAGUAGAAUAUUUGGAGAAAUAAUUAAUGAUUUAAUUAGAGAGUUUUAUUCUAGAAGAAUAGAAAAUAAAAUAUUUUAAAAAUGUAAAUUAAUUUACAAAUACUAAAAUGAUAUUAUAUUUUGGAGGUAAUUAAUAAGAAAAGAGUUAAAAUAGUGGAGAAAUUGGUUCUGUAAUUUUUAAAAAUUGUUUAGAUUAAAACUAAUAAGUUUAAUAUUGUCAUUAUUCAUGUAAAACAUGUUUUGGACCAUUUAAAUCUUAAUGUUUGAGUUGUUUUGAUUAAUAAAAUAGAAUAUUUGAUCCUUAAAAACAUAGUUGUAAUUGCAAAUUAUGGCAUUAUGAAAAUAAAAAUGAUAAUUAUUGUAUUGGAAAUGAAUAAAAUUAAUAUAUAGAAAUAAAAGAGUAUUUAAAUAAUGAUCCUAUGUAUGAUGAGAAUGAUAAUUAAAAAACCUGUGCUUUUGGUUAUUUUUCAUAUAAAGAUGAGUGUAUUCAAUGGUACAAAUAAAUAUAUAUUGUAGUCCAUCAGCAUCAUAAAAAGGAUAUGUUUAAUGUGUUGAAUGUUUAAUGAAUCCUGAUACUUGGGUAUAUGAUGGUAUUUGUGGAGAUGUUUAUAUGCCAUCUAAAAAUAUAGAGAAUGGUGUAUAUAAUGAUGUUUUUGGUUUUUCAGGUUAUUUUCAACCUUAUUAUAUCUUAAUUGAUUAUGAAUUAAAUUCUUGUGGAGGAUGUCUUUCAUGUACGGAAGAUUACUAUUUAUAAGGAUAUUCUCGUUGUUUUGUAUAUCCUUUUAAACAUUUAGAUAAAAUCUUAUAUAUAGAAUGUAGAUCUGGAUAUAAUGAUCAACUUUAUAAAUGUAAUGAAAGACCACCAUUACCUCCAAGAAAACCUUGUGAUUAAUAUUGUUAAUCAUGUAGUUAUGAUGGUUGUAAUUAUUGUAAAAGUACAACCAAAUAUUUUAUGACUUGGUAAAAUAUAUGUAGAGAAUGUUUAAUAUAAAAUUGCAAAUAUUGUUUCUAAUAUAAUAGAUUUGAUCAUAGUUAAGUUUCAGCAAUUGCUAAUGUUGCAGGAAUUCUUUUAUCCUAAAAUGAAGAAGAUUAUAUUAUAGCAUGUUCUCUAUGUAAUUCAGGUUAUGUAUUUGAUUUCUAAAUUAACUAAUGCAUUUAAAAAUAAAUACCCCUUCCUUGUUUAACAGGUUUUAUAAAUUAAGACUUGGAAUUUGUUUGUACUAAUUAUUAAGGUACUUUUAAUCAAUAAGAAAAUAAUUAAGUUGCAUAAUUUCAUGAUUGCUAAAAGUAUUUUAGUAAUUGCAAAUCUUGUAUUUAAGAUUCCUUUAAAAUGAUUUAUUGUAUCAGUUGUUUUGAUGGAUAUUAUCUAUAAUAUAAAAAUGGUUUAUGUAUAUCAUGUUCUACCUUAUUUUCAAAUGCUAAAACUUGUAGUAUUGAAACUUCUACUCAUGAUUCAUGGAAAUAUGAUGUAGUAAGUUUUUAUUUAAAUUUUAUUCGCGAUAGCUCACCAAUUUAAUUAUCUGGAUUAUAUUAUUAGACAUAUUAUUUCCUGAAUGAAUGUUAAGAAGGUUAUAUUCCAUAUAACACAAAAUGUAUUUCAGAAAUAGAUAACUAGUGUAUCAUAUGGGACUCUAACUAUAACUUUUGUGUAAAAUGUAGAAAUUUAUAUGAAGAAUAUGAUGCUUAAUCUUACUUUGAUAAUAAAUGUUAAAUAUGUCCAUAUCCUUGCAGGGUUUGUACUCCUAUUUCUUAAACUCAAAUUAAUUCAAUAAAUCCUUAUUUUAUAUAUAAUGAACUUACUAAAAUCUAAACUCAUAGAUGUUUCUUAAAUCAAAUAUAAGAUUAAGCCUUUAUACAUCAAUUAUCAGGAUAGUUAUUACCUAAAGAUGCAAAAAAUUAAAAAUACUUACUUAAAAUAUAACGUUCAAAUUUUCCAGAUGCCACUAUUUCUAAUGUUCAAAAUUAUAUUGAUUUUGAAUAUUUAAAAAAAAGAAAAGUUACAACAUAUAUUGAUAAUUACAAUGCUUUUAGACAAGAAGAUCCUAUUAACUUAAGAGAAAUCCUUUUUUUUAUUUUCAAUUCAACUGUUCUCUAUGAUGGAUUUAAUGAUACCUAUCAUGAAAAAUAAAUCUCUAUAACUAAUUAAACUACUGUAAAUGUUUAAAAUGUUAGAUUUUUUUCUUAAAAAAACUCCUUUACUAUUUCCUCUUAUUAUGGUCUUAACAUAUACAUCAAUAAUAUUACUUUGAGUAGUUUUUAGAGAUAAACCCCCAUUUUUUAAAUUACUAAUUUUACACAAAUAUAUAUUUCAAAAAUAGAAAUUGAUGAACUUACAUUAAUCAAUACUUCCUUAUUUAUCUUAAAAAAAAAUUAUGAUUUAAAUAAAUCUUUUUAAAUAAUAAUAGAAGAAAUUUCAUUUAAAAACUGUACUUUUUAUAAUAGUUCAUUUCUUUAACUUUAAACUAAACUAAAAUAUAUUGAAUAAUUUUAAAUUAAGAAAAUUAUACUAAAUAAUUGUUCAAUAACAAAUUCUGAAUUUUUUAAAUUCUAAAGUUAAUCAACAGUAGCAAAUUAAUUUGUUUUAGUAAAUUUAGAAAUUAAAAAUUCUAAUUUUACGAAUAGUUAAUUUUUAUCUCUUUAAAACUCAAACUUUGUCAUUAUUGCUGGAAUAAUGAUACAAAAUUGUUUAUUGAAUUAAACAAUUCUCAUAUCACUAAAUCAUAAUAGCUUAUUAUAAAAUAUUCAUUUUAUUAAUAUAAUUGUAGAUUAUUCUUAAUUCUUUAUCUUUUUGUAAUCACUAAAUUAAAAAAGCAUUCAUAAAAUAGAUGGAAUAUUUAUGGAGAAUAUAUUUGUAUGCAGUGAGAAUCUAAUAAAAAUUUAAUAGGAUUUAUAAGAAAAUUCGACGAUUGAAUUAAAAAAUAUUAAAUUAAAUUAAAUUUAGUUUAAUUCUAAUUAUUUAAAUAAUGAGGAAGAAAAACUGGCAAUUUGUUUAUUCAAUUUAUAAAGCUAUAAAAUUGAUAUAUUACUAUUGAAGAAUGAUUAAAUUAAUUUUUUUUGGAUUUUUUGUAUUGACUAUUCAAACAUAAUUAAUAUUGAAGAAAUAGAGAUUAAUUCAUUUUAGCAACUUUAAUAUAAUCUCGUUGAUAAUUACUCAAAACCGUAUUUUAAUUUAUUAAACGCAGGAUUUAUUUAACUAAAAAAAAUACAAAAAGCAACUUUUUCAAAUAUUCUAAUUAAAUGUUAAAAUUUAAUAGAUUCAUCUAUGAUAUAUAUAAAUACAAGAAUAGAAUAAUAAUUAAAAGAUCAAUAAAUAAUAUUUUCAAAUAUCUCUUUUGAAAAUAAUUUUUUGGUAAAACUCUAAAGUUUUUCAAUUACAACAUUAUUAUAUCUUGAAUCUGAGGAUAGAUGUAAUAUAUUGAUAACUAAUAUAACUUUUAUUUCAAAUUAUGCAGUACAUUAAAUUUUUGACUCAUUUACAAUCUCUUCUAGUAUGAUUUGUAUAAUGACUUAAUAUUUGACAUAAAUAAAAAAUGCUUAAUUUUAUGAAAAUUAAUUUUAUAAUUCAAGUUUUCCUGCUUUAUAUAUUAAAUCAUAGUAUAUAUAAAUUGAGCAAAUGAAUUCAUAAGAUACUCAAGAAUUUGAUUUGACCAAAUAAGGAUUUGAGACUCAUUACUUCGAAAAUGGAGGUUUUUCUAAUUUAUUUGCAUCUUAAAUCAUAAUAAUUGAUUCUAAAUUUAUAAAUUCAUAAGCUUAAGAAGCUGAAUAUUUAUAUAUUAUACUUUAUAAUUAAGGAUAUUUGUAAAUUAAUAAUACCUCAUUUAUAAAUAUAAUUGUAUCAUCUAAGGAGAACUCUAACUCUAGUAGAGCAGUAAUUGUAGUAGAUGCUGCAAGUUCAAAUAUGAAUUUUGAAAUGAAUAAUAUUUUAGUAUCAAAUAUAAUAAGUAAGCAUUCAUCAGGUUUUUUAAAAAUAAUUUCUUCUAAAAUUAAAAAUUUACUCAAAUUAAAUAAUUUAAUAGUUAAAAAUGUUUUAUCUAAGUAAAACACCUUUUUAGAUAUAGAAUGCACAAAUUAAGCUGAUAAUUUAGUUGAUAUUGCAGAUUUUUAAAUGAAAUUAGAAAAAGAUUUUUUUUUUAAAUAUCAAUAUUUUAUUGGAUUUAGUUAAAAUUCCAAUUAAUAGUCUUAAGGAAUGCUUUUCAUAACAAAUAGGUAUAAAUAAAUGAAUAAUUAUUUAGUUCGAUAAUAUUUUUCAAUUUACAUUUUAGUGGUUUUGCUCCUAUGACUAUUUUAAACCUUUUAGAUAAUUUUAAGAUUUUGGUCAAUUCUUUAGUUUUAGAAUAAAUAGAGGUUGCUACAAAGAAUUUAAAUAUAAUAAAAUAGGAAGAUUAAAGCAAUUAAAUAAGAUUAACAGAUAUCUAUCUUUCGUAAUUUACAAUUAAAAACUUAUUUAAUGAACUUGAUUUUAAUGUGGAAUCAUUCUUUGAAAUUAUACAUACUUUACCUAAGAGAUUAAUAUUGAAAGAUAUUUUUAUUUUAAACAAUACAUGUUAAGCUUGUUAAAAGGGAUUAAUAUUGAUAGAAUAAUUUGAAAAACUUAUCAUUAAUAAUUUAAUAAUCUACUAAAAUUAAUGUGGUUAAUAGACUUGUUUGAUAUUAAAUAAGAUUGAUCAAAGUUUUAUUUAAUAAAGCAAAUUUAUUAGAAAUACAGGAACUUAAGGUGGAGUUAUAAACAUAAAAUCAAAUAAAGUUUAGAUGAAAAAUAUUGAAUUUAUACUUAAUUAAGCUGAAAAUGGUGGAGCUAUAUUUUAAUAAUUAUUUAUAAAAUAGGAAACAAUAAUAUCUAAUUUAUAUUUAAUAUAAAAUAGAGCUAAAAUUGGAGGAGCAAUUUAUUCAGAAAAUCAUAGUUUUGAAUUUAAGGAUUUAAUAAAUAUGUAUUUUUUGGAAAAUAAAGGAGAGAUGUAUAUAAAUAAUAUUAAAGAAAAUCCAUCAUAACUUAGAAUAUCAAUAUUUGAUUAAGAAUUAGAGACUAAAUCAAAAUAAAAUAUUGGAACACCUAAUUUUGAAAAAUAUAAGACUCAAAACAACAUAAUUUAUAUACCAAGUGGCUAAUAAAUAAAUAAUUAUAGUAUUUAGAAUCUAGAAAAUUAAACCUUUUUGGAGUAUAAUUUAAAUCCAAAACUCUAUGGCACUAAUAAUUUAGGUGAGAAAUAAAUAAAUUUAUAGAAUUAUUAAUGUUUAUUAUAAUAAAUAAAUAAAUUAGGAAAAAUAAUACCAAGUGAAGAUCAAAUAAUUCCAUAUGAUAUUGAGAGUUAAUCAUUUGAUUUUUCAUCUUUAAUAAUUCGUUUAGAUCCAUAUUCUAAGGAUGAUAUAACCUUUUUAUUUGAUUGCAAUUGUUUUUCUGAAAGUAAAUAUAAAUUCUUAAUAAAUGUAAAAUCAUUUCCAUGCCAAUUAGGUGAGUUUUAUUAUUUUAAUUAAUGUAUGAAAUGCGAUGAAUCUAAAGGAUUUUAUUCAGUUGAAACUAAAGCUACUUUUUGUUAGAAAAUAGAUCCAAAAAUUAUAAAAUCAAAUACUGCUAAUGAAAUUGAAUUAUAACCUGGAUAUUGGAGACCCAAUUAUCGUAAUAAAUUUAUCAAUAAAUGCUCAAAAUAAAAGAUUUUAUGUCUAGGUGGAUGGAAACCAGGAGAUAAAUCUUGUAGUUUAGGUUAUAUUGGUGCAUUAUGUGAAGAAUGUGAUAUAUACAAUAUCAAAGGAGACGGCUAAUUUUAUAAAAAUUAAAACAAUAAAUGUGUUUAUUGUAGUAAUUUUGGAGUUUCUAUAGUAAUCUCUCUAAUUUUUGGAUUGCUGUAUAAAUUUUUAAUUAUUUAUAUAGAACCAUAGGUUCAAUGAUCCUUACUGUAAGCAGUGUAAAUACUAUAUUCAAAAGUUUUCUUAAAUUUAAACUCACAUCUAAAUAUUACAAAAUUCUAUUUAAUCAUAGUUUAGGUAAGUAUUUAUUAUAUUUAGAUUAAUCUGCUGCAUUAAUUAAAACCGUUGUUAAUUAUUUUUAGAUUUUAGUUACAAUAAAAUCUUUUUAACUUGAACUUUAUUUUAAUUUUAAUGAUAUACUUACUCCUUUAAGUAAUCCUAUAGGCACAACAUCCUAUUCUUAUGAAUGUUUCUUAAGCAAAUAAGCAAAUAUGUAAAUAAUCUAUAUUAGUCUCAUUAUAAACAUCCUAGCUCCUAUUUUUUUCUAUUCAAUAUUUUCAACUAUGUACUUACUUUUGAUUUAUAAAAAAAAACUAAAGUUGACUCCAACUAUAUAUGCUACUGCCAUAUUAUAUUUAUUUUUUUAUGCCUAACCAAAUAUCAUUCUAGAAUUAGGAGAAUUGAUCACUUUAAGAAACAUUUCAGAAAUUAAUUACAUAAAUAGAAAUGUUUCUAUACUAUACUUUACAAGCACUCAUAUUUCCUGGGUUUUAUUUUUCAUAACACCUGUUUUACUCAUAAUUGGAAUUAUCAUUCCUAUUAUUUUAUUUCUUAUUUUGUAUAAUAAAAAAAAUCAUUUUAAUCAAGAAAAAGUCAGAAAAAUUUGGGGUUACAUAUUUAAUGAUUAUAAAGAAUCUUCAUUUUAUUGGGAAAUUAUUAGAGUUUCUGAAAGGGAAAUUAUUUUAUUGUCACUUAUAGUUUUUGAAGAAUAAAUUGAAAUUAAAGGUAUUUUAACAUUUUUAAUAUUGUUUUUAUAUCACAUUAUUGUUUAAAUCAAAAAACCUUUUCACAUGGAUUCUUUAAAUCGAUUUGAAUAAAAAUGUAUUUCUAUAUCCAGUUUAAUUUUUCUAAUUUGUGGCAUUAAAUAUCAAAUUUAAUAAUAACAAAUAAUUUAAAUUGAUUACAUCUUAUAGACACUACUACUCUUGGUUUUCAUCUAUUUUUUUUGGAUUUUAAUAACUUAAACUAUUUAAACUUACUAUCAAAAAUAUAGUGAUAGAUUAGAUGGUAUUAGAAAGAUAGUAAUAACGAGAAGCCCAAAAAUUAUAAAAUUAUGCCCCUUUUUGAAAACUUAUCUAAAAUUACGAGUCGAUACAAAAAUUAAAAUGAAAGAUAGGGUUAAAUUAAUUAAAGAAUCUUUACUUAUGUCUAAAGCUUAAAACGUAUAAAAUAGUUACCAUUGGAACUUAAACUCUUUUUCUGUCUAAAAAAGUAUUUAUCAUGAAGAAUAAGCAUCAAAUUUUAUAAAUGUAUAGAAGGGAUAAAAAGAGUAAACUCAUUUAGUAAAAGAUUUGGUUAAGUUUAAUUGA